AUGGCGACCCGCCUCGCGCGAAGAACAAUAGCGUCUUCGUCGUCGUCGUCACUGAUUCUGAGAUCAACGGUGUACGAUUCAUCUCCAACGGUGAUCAGCGUCGUCCAUGGUGAGUCCCAACCAAGACGGCAAUCAUCAUCAUCGUCAUCGUCGUCUAGUAAAUCUGACAAGGCGGAGAAGAAGAAGCCAGUGCUAGACCGUCUAUCGUCGGUUAUAGACGCCGUCAACGACAGUAAACUCCCUCCUGAGCUUCGUGGUCAGCGCAACAACAUCAGGUCAGAAACAGAUAUAAUCAAUGUGGUUGAGCAAAGAAUAUGGCAUUCAAUGGAAGAAGGGCAGUUUGAGAAUUUACCAGGAAAAGGGAAGCCCCUCAACUUAACUAGAAACCCUCAUGCAGACCCAGCUGAGGACACUCUGUACAGAAUUCUAUCCAAAAAUGGCUGUGCACCGCGGUGGGUCGAGCUCAACAAGGAGAUAAGGAGCCAGGCAUCUGAGUGGAGGCUGGCUCUGAAGAAGGCUUGGGCAAAUAAAAAUGAUCACUCAAAAUGGGUUGAAACUUCUGAGGCUUUGAAGUUGCAGGUCAAGCACAUCAACAAUAAGGUUUUCCAGUAUAAUCUCAUGGUUCCUUUUGGGCGACAAAUGUUAGGGCUCAAGUGGGAGAAGGAGCUGGAUCGCUUGAAGUCGGAGGAAUAG